AUGGCAGCCAAUUUCCUUCAACUCCAGACCGGCGCCGCCUACAGCACCAAAGGUUCCAACCCGACGGCCAGCCGACCGGCUGUCCGACCCACGCAGAACCUGCUUGACCUGGACGGCUCUUCCGACGGGUCCGAUUGCUCGGCCGUCGACGCCUGUCCUUCUUCGCAGGAAUAUGCCCGCUGCUCCCGAUGUCAGAGGACGCCGAGCAUCGACGUGAGGACGGGGCUGUGGAACAUGAUCCAGUAUGGUCUGAACCUGUGGUACUGCAGCCGCUGCGCCGCGUUGGUCGGACUGCCUAAGCGUUGA